CUGACGGCUGCUGACUCCACAAAAUGGCUGCCAAAGUCUCCGGUCGAAAGUGAAUUUCAAGUUUUUUUUUUCAUUUUUACGAAUUGAAAAGUGAAUUUUAACUAUUUUGUCCUUUUGAAUGAGUUUCAUUAAUAUUUUAAAGUUUUUAUUUUCUUAGUAUUUUAAAUAAAAACACGUGAAGUUAAAAAUAAAAGAUUUAGCAGGCAAAGUAACAACAUUGCUCCAAAAAAAAGAUAGAGGAGGUUUUUUGAAAAAGAGAAGCGUGCCGAAAAAAAAGAAAAGAAUAACCACGCUAUGAAUCAAUCGCGAAAUUUUACAUCUCUUUUAAAUCCGGGCUAUAUACGUGAUGCAGCAGCUGCUGCGGCUGCUGCAGCCGCUGCUGUAUCCCAGGCAAUUGCUAAUUCAACAUCUAGGAAGCGUGAAGUCGAAGGUGAUGGCAAUCAGGAAAAAGAAUCAAAGGAAGAGCGUAGAAAAAAAAGGAAAUCAAGAUGGGGUGGUAGUGAACAUGACAAAACUUUUAUUCCUGGAAUGCCAACAGUUUUGCCAACCAAUCUUACACCUGAACAGGAGCAAGCAUACCUCUUUCAGCUGCAGAUUGAGGAAAUCAGCAGGAAACUACGCACUGGAGAUCUUGGAAUACCGCUUAACCCUGAGGAAAGAUCACCAUCACCUGAGCCGAUUUACAGUAGUGAUGGGAAACGGUUAAAUACACGUGAAUAUCGUACAAGACGUAAAUUGGAAGAAGAACGUCAUAAUCUCAUUCAGAAAAUUCUCAAACUCAAUCCGGAAUUUAAACCACCACCAGAUUAUAAGCCACCAAUUAUUCGUGUGCACGAUAAAGUAAUGAUUCCUCAAGAAGAACAUCCUGACAUUAAUUUUGUUGGUUUGUUAAUUGGACCACGUGGAAAUACUUUGAAAUCAAUGGAAAAAGAAACAGGCGCAAAAAUUAUAAUUCGUGGCAAAGGAAGUGUAAAAGAGGGUAAAGUUGGACGAAAAGAUGGUCAACCUUUGCCAGGUGAAGAUGAACCUUUACACGCAUAUAUCACUGCAAAUAAUUUAGAUGCCGUGAAAAAAGCAGUCGAAAGAAUACAUGAAAUUAUUCGACAAGGCGUUGAAGUACCAGAGGGACAAAAUGAUUUGCGUCGCAAUCAAUUGAGAGAAUUAGCAUUGUUGAAUGGAACUUUAAGGGAAAAUGACGGUCCACGUUGCACAAAUUGCGGAGCUUCUGAUCAUAAAUCGUGGCUGUGUCCCGAUAAGCCAAACGUGACCAACAAUAUUGUGUGCUCAAGUUGUGGAGGUGCGGGUCAUAUUGCAAGAGAUUGUAGAUCUAAACGUCCCGGAAUGGGUGGUCCAGCUGCUGCAGGAUUAGCACAAGCAGGCGAUAAAGCAAAAAUUGACGAGGAAUAUAUGUCACUGAUGGCCGAAUUGGGAGAAGGUCCACCACCAGACAGAUCGAAAACAGCUCAAAGACCAAAUAAUUCUAUUCCAAGUACAAAUUAUCCUGGCCUCUUUGACAGGCAACAAGCUCCAAGGGCACUUAUGGCAGCACCAGCUCAUCCUCCACCUCAAAUGAUGCAAGGAGGUCCGAUGAUGCCUCCACCUGGAAUGGCACCACCACCACCACCUUGGUCGCAAGGCGAUGUCAAUAAUAUGAAUGGUAUGGGUAUGCAGUGGCAACCACCAGUCAGCAUGCCACCUCCACCGGGAGUUAUGCAACCACCACCACCUCCUCCUGGCUCUACCAGUCAACCAAAUAUUCCACCUCUUAUGCCUUGGAUGCCAGCCAAUUUCCAAGCACCAGGAAAUAAUCAACCACCGCCUCCUGGACAAAUGCCACCAACUCAAAUGCCACCACCUGGAAUGGGAAUUCCACCUUGGCAACAAAAUCAACAACAACCAAUGCGACCACCUCCACCGGGAACGGCUCCUCCACCAGGAUUUGCACCUUGGCAACCACCUCAAAUGCAAGGUUGGCCUCCCGCAGCACCAGUUCCACCACCACCACAACAACAAACACCCGCACCACCUGGUAUCGAUCUUAAUUCAUUGCCCACUUUACUCGCUCAACCACCACCACCGCCACCUCCAACAAGUUAGUUGAAUCUUGCCUUAUAGAAAAAGAAAAAAAAACAACAACAACUUGAAUUUGGCAAAAAAAAAAACAACUGAUGAAUAAGAAAACAAAUGACAGCAUAAAUGGCCUUGCGAUGCCAAAAAUUUCUCAAAUAUGCCUUCAAGAAGACGGCAAUGGUUAAGUAAUGAACGCAAAACGUAGAGAAUAGACGCAAGAAAAUUACUCAAGACAUUUUCUUUAUACUGAUUAUUUCAUUAUUAUUGAAAUUUUGACAGUGCAUAAAUUUUUUUUUUUUUAAUUGUACAAAUAGACUGGAAAAUAUUGAAAAUUUGAUAUAUAUAGGUAUAUCUCUCUCCUAUAAUUUUCGUACAUUCAAAUUUUACUAAUGUACAAUAUUCAAAUUAAAUUAAAGAAAUUAGGAAAAUAUUGGAAAAUACUUUCAGCGAUUAAUAUAAGAAAAUUUAAUCUCUUAGUAAAAAAAAAAAAUACUUUCAAGUUAUGUGAACACCGUUUACUGUUAUUAGUUAUAUUUAUCUGAAAAUCUCUUUUUUUUUUUACUGUGAAAAUAUUUUCAGUAAUUUUAUGUGAAAAUUCAAUUAUUUUGCUUUAUUUACAACAAUGAUAUAUCUAUAUUUGUGAGAUGAAUCAAUUCCAAUAAAAGUAUAUAUAGAUAUAUAAAUAUUAAAUCCUGUUAGAUAGUUUUUCACAAUUCAUAAUACUUUUGCACUCAUUUCUUAAUAAAUUGUCAUUUCUAUUAACUUUUGUUCCUCAUAUUUUAGGUACAUAAAUUAAAUAUUUCUUAGAAAAAUGUUCAUUAUAUAAAUAUCGUACAUAAUUAAAAUAACAAUGAUUUCCUAGUAAUUUUAAAUUGAAAAGAACAUAAUAAUAAUUAUUAUUAUAAUUAAAUAUUAGUUAUUUUUUAUUUGCAUUAUGGAUAUAAAACUGGAAUAUUUCAAAUAUUUUGAAAAUAUUUCCCAUACAGUUUCACCCAAAUUGAUGUGUCUUGUGUAUUUUUUCUAUAAUCACCAUAAUAGCAAUAAUUUAUGUCAACUUGUGUUGGAUUACGUUUUUUUUUUUUUUUUUUUUCCUAUAAAUUUGUAUAUGUAAUAUGUACUUUUAUUAUAUUACAUAAUAAACGUAAAUAUAUAUUAA